AUGGACGACCCCCAAGUGCUCAUCGGCGUCUACAGGAGCGUCUCCAUGAGCGAAAUGUGCUAUAGCAUGAAGCACAAGGGCGACGACCCUGAGACGCUGGAUCUCGGCACAAACAUGCCGCUUCUCGUGUACGGCUACCUUCCUCCCCCGCCCGUGUCCCCCGCCGCAACCCUCCCGCUUCCCGCCGCCGUGUGGGUCCACGACGGCGUCGACCGCAUCAGCCGCCUCCCCGACGUCGUCCUCGUCAACAUCCUCUCCCGCCUCCCCACCAAGGACGCCGCGCGCACCGCCGCCCUCGCCUCGCGCUGGCGCCCCCUCUGGCGCAUGGCGCCCCUCUCCCUUGUCGACAGCCACCUGCUUCCGGACGGCGGCGCGUCCGGGCCGUUCACCAUCCGCGACCCCUCUCCCCGCGCCGUCACCGCCGCGGUGUCCCGCAUCCUCGCGGCGCACCCGGGGCCUUUCCGCUGCGUUCACCUCACCCGGACCAUAAUGCAGGAGCACCGGGCAGAGAUGGCGCGCUGGCUCGACAUCCUCGUCACCAAGGGGGUCCAAGAACUCGUCUUUGCCAACCGCCUUUGGCCGAUUGACCCGCGCCUCCCCGCCUCGCUCUUCAGCUGUGCCUCCCUCACCCGCCUCUAUCUCGGCAUCUGGAGGCUCCCGGCUAGCACCGCCGUGCCGCGCCGCGCCAGAUUCCCCAACCUCCGGGAGCUUGGCCUCUGCAUGAAUGUCAUGGAGGACUAUGAUCUGGCCUUCAUGCUCGAAAGAAGCCCCGUCCUGGAGAUCCUGGUUAUCAUGGGGAGCCAGAGCCAAGUGCGCCUCCGCCUCAUCAGCCAAAGCCUGCGUUGCGUUCAGCUCGGCCACACCUACUUGGAGGACAUCGACGUGGUGGAUGCCCCCAGCUUGGAGAGGCUCUUCUUGUGGGAUACAAUUCUCACUGGCGAGCUCACUCCCCCCAGGAUGAGCUCCACCAGGAACCACUCUUCCAGGCUCAAAAUUGGCCGUGCACCCAACUUGCGUGUGCUGGGUGUUGGAGUUAAACACGAUCACGUCCGUGUCCUUGCCGUGCACGUAUAUGUGUGUGUGUCCGUUUAG